UUUUAUAAUCUGUGGAUGUGGGGUAGUGUGAGAGUUGAAUAUCUAAUAAUCUGUAUACCUACUCAAGAUUUUUAUAUUUAAUCAAGAUUUUUGAAUAAAAUGCCUAAAAAUAAAAAAAGGGAAUCUUCCAACAGCAGUGAUAGUGAUGAAGGUCCAGUCGAUCGCAACCCACCAGCCGAAAAAAAAGCCAAAAUGGGUUCAAGAACUGAUGCCAAAGAACCUACAUGGGUGCUCCAAGGAAAUAAACAAGUGAAGAUUAGGCAGUAUAAAGGAAAAGUAUAUAUAGAUAUAAGAGAAUUUUACGAGAAGGGCGGUGAAUUGUUACCAGGCAAAAAAGGAAUUAGCCUUACACCGGACUUGUGGAGAAAAUUGUUGUCAUUGGGAGAAGAAAUAAAUGAAACUUUAAGUUCAGUAUGUUAAAUUCACCAGAAGACUGUUAAAAACUAUGUUUUUUUUUAUUAAUUCUUAAAUUGUAAUAAACAUGUUUCUAUUAACAA